AUGCUAUUUUUUUCAUUUUUCAAAACAUUAGUGGACCAAGAAGUCACUGUUGAAUUAAAAAAUGAUAUUGAAUUGAAAGGCACAUUGAAAUCCGUGGAUCAGUUUUUGAAUUUGAAAUUAGAUAAUAUAUCAUGUAAUGAUACGGAUAAAUAUCCUCAUUUGAGUUCAGUACGUAAUAUGUUUAUUAGAGGGUCUACGGUAAGAUAUGUAUAUUUACAAAAAAACAUGGUUGAUACCAACCUGUUACAGGACGCCGCUAGAAGAGAAGCCAUGAGUGAGAAGAAAUAG